AUGGCGUCCCAAACACCAGCCGUUGUCAUGGACAACGGUACCGGUUACUCCAAGCUUGGAUUUGCCGGUAACGAUUCGCCCUCUUUCGUCUUCCCGACUGCAAUUGCAACCAAGGCCGCCGGGAGCGCUGGAAGCUCCGCGGGCUCUCGGCCUGCCGUCCCGAAUAAGCCCUCAUUCCUCCCUGGCGGUGCCGGGGCCAGUUCACACCUGUCUGGAAAGCGUGGUACCGAGGACCUGGACUUCUUCAUCGGUGAUGAGGCUCUGGCUGCUGGCAGUGGCCCCGGAUACGGUGUGAACUACCCUAUUCGCCACGGACAGAUCGAGAACUGGGACUACAUGGAGCGCUUUUGGUCGAACUCGAUUUUCAAGUACCUCCGCGUGGAGCCCGAAGACCAUUACUUCCUCCUCACCGAACCUCCGCUGAACCCGCCCGAGAACCGUGAAAACACCGCAGAAAUUAUGUUCGAGUCUUUCAACUGUGCCGGUCUCUACAUUGCCGUUCAAGCCGUGCUUGCCCUCGCCGCCUCAUGGACUUCCUCCAAGGUCACCGAUCGCUCCCUGACCGGAACUGUCAUUGAUUCGGGUGACGGUGUUACGCACGUUAUUCCCGUCGCUGAGGGCUACGUAAUUGGCUCCUCCAUUAAGAGCAUUCCCAUCGCCGGACGUGACAUCACAUAUUUCGUGCAAAGCUUGCUGCGUGACCGUGGUGAGCCCGACAGCAGCUUGAAGACGGCCGAGAAGGUGAAGGAGGAGUACUGCUACGUGAGCCCGGAUAUCGUUAAGGAAUUUGCCCGCUACGACCGCGAACCCGAUCGCCUCUUGAAGCACACCGUGACCUCGCCGAAUGGCCGCAGCGUGCAAAUCGACAUCGGCUACGAGCGCUUCCUCGCCCCGGAGAUCUUCUUCAAUCCCGAAAUCUACUCCUCCGACUUCCUGACCCCGCUUCCAAAUGUCGUCGACGGUGUGAUCCAGUCCUCCCCCAUUGACGUUCGGAGGGGUCUCUAUAAGAACAUUGUGUUGUCCGGUGGUUCCACUCUGUACAAGGACUUCGGCCGCCGUCUACAGCGUGACAUCCGCCACUUGGUGGAUGCCCGUAUUCGCGCAUCCGAGGCACGCAGUGGCGGUGCUCGCAGUGGUGGUCUGGACGUCGCAGUAGUUACACACAAGCGCCAGCGACACGGGCCCUGGUUCGGAGGCAGCUUGCUGGGUCAGACACCCGAGUUCCGGAGCUACUGCCACACCAAGGCCGAAUACGACGAGAUCGGUCCCAGCAUUGUGCGGAGAUUUGCACUGCUCGGUGGCCCUGGAAGCUCGUAA